AUGGUGAUCCCCGGGGCCCCAAUACUCCAGAGGGCCAUGGCCACCGCAGCCCAUGGGCAUGGGUCCGGAGGAGAUCGUACCUGGAAGAUCCUGACCUUCGUGGUGGCCCUGCCGGGUGUCGGGGUCUGCAUGCUGAACGCCUGGCUGAAGCAGCAGAAUCACCCGCACACCCAGCCGGAGUUCAAGGCCUACAGUCACCUGAGGAUCCGCACCAAGCGCUUCCCCUGGGGUGACGGAGAUCACACCUUCUUCCACAAUCCACACACCAACGCACUUCCUUCCGGAUACGAGGAGCCACACCACUGA